AUGCGACACCAGAACGUCCUGUGUAUCAGGACGAUCGCCGAAUUGGAGGCCUUCGUCAACUUCACGUCAGCUGCUCCUCAAUUCGACUUUACACCGGCUCCUCCCCAAUUCAAGUUCAUCGUCCGCGAGUACCAGCAAGCCGUCAUCGAGCUCAGCCACUAUACGCUCGUGCCUUGGCCUCAAGUACACCAAGCCCUUCGCCUCGUCCCUUCUAUCCAAGAGUUGCAAGUUAUGCUUCCAAACGGCGCUCCCCCGGACCUAUUCGACCUCAUCUUCUUUCCCCAUCUUGUCGACUUCCUCACCAACGUGCAGCCCCACCUUCUGAAGACGUUCCUAUGGUCACAUCGCAAUAUCCGUACACUCACCUUGACACAUGAGGAGACCACUCCUCCCUAUGCCCUCGCGCCAUUGGCCGCCGUCGAACAUUUAGUCUGCUCCAUUGGAUGCCUCGAUCGUCUCUACCUCCCGCUUCAUGACCUGGAGAAGCUCUACCUCGGCCUCAGUCGCGGCCAUCGUUCGAUGUCCGACCAACUUCAACAUCUCACAUCCUCAGCUGCGGGACGGGCGCUGUUUCCGCGUCUCUAUCAGCUUACUAUUCAGGUCGCUCCAGACGAUCAUCUCGUCAUACACGAUAUUGCGCGGAUAUUUCCUGGUCUGGCGGACCUGUAUCUGGUCGAGACGAGGGUGGCUUCGCUGGUCGGCAGGCGCAGGGGUGGCUCGUCGCGCCGCGCUUGGAACGAUUACACCGGAUGGUACCGGGCGCUAUGCGAUCUCGACGUCCUGGUACAUUUUUUCCUGUUGGCCAUGUCCCCCCUGCACGGGACUGACGCCGGGGAUGAGGAGGCCGAACGAGGCGUCAUUACCCAGUGGGUCGGAGGGCGCGCAGGAGUUCCCCAUCCUGCCUUGCACAGUAUUCACAUCGCCUACUCCUCGGAGCCAGGCAUGGACCCAGAGAUCUUGUCGAAGUGGGAGUCUGUCACGGGGAGCCUUGAGGACUGGACUCGGAUUAGUACUGUUGAAGGAUCCCAGGCGAUCGCCCAAAACUUCUGGGACAAUUACUGGAUCUGA